GUUUGAACGAGACGAGCCGGUUUUGAGCUCAUCUGCGGCCAAACUGGUCACGCAGGCAGCUCGCCGCAGCACCUGUGACCCGCUGUGACCUCGCGCAGCGAAGCGUGAGCCGCCGCGGCCGCGUACCAGCGCUUGGCGCGGAGCACUCAAAACUGCCAGCCGCAGCACGCAGCCACAACCAUGGCCCUCGACCUCCAGUUUGGACUAGAAGAGUACGCCGGCGCCUUCGCUCUUAAUGGAGAAGACGGCGCGCUCGCCGUGAGCAGCGGCCGCCAGGGCCGCGCGUAUGUCGUCGAUGCCGCCAAAUUGGUCGACGCGGCGGCGUCCGGGCAGGGCGACGGCCUCGCGUCCGCCUCUUCCGCCCUCGAACCGGAUGAUGUGGACCAGAUCGCCUUCACGGUGCCCCUGCCUGGGGGGUCAGUGGCGUUGACGGACAACACCGGCGUUUUGAGGCUGUACGCCAACCUUGAUGAAGGAGAAGGCAAAGAGCUCGUCAAGGCCAACGACGUCAUGCCUUCGUCGUUGCGGGCGUCGGUGGACGGCUCCAAAUUAGCUCUUUGUAGAGAUGGUAAAGUGCUCGUCGUGGACGUCAAGUCCGGUUCUUCCCUGGAACUUGAUACGACAGGCACGGAUUCAUCAUUCGACCCGAAGAAUGCCGAGGCGUUGGCCGUUGUAGAUCUCGGAAGUAAGCAACUCUCGUUGUACGAGGUGUCGGUUGGUUCUGGUGUUGAUGAUUCUACAUUAAAGUCAAGGUGCUCCCUGCAGAUCGAGAAGACCCUGUCCCAGACGGCCCUCGAGGACGACAACCCCCUCUUCCAGUGCGCCUGGCAACCUAACUCUGGAGAAUGGCUCGCGGCGCCGGGGCGACCGGAACUUACACUGCUCAAGCGAGAGCCUACGGACAUGGACUGGGGCAAGUCGGCCCAGGGCGUCUUCCCCGACGAGGACCAGAAGGCCCUGUUCGAAGGCGGUGCCGUGGUAGCUUGUGCCUGGAAUGCUGCUGGUACGCUCGUCGCGACCAUCACCGAUCAACUCACAAGCAAUACCGCGGCCAUCUGGGACGCCGCCACCGGGUCUACCUUAAAAGUUUUUGCCUGUGAUAUUAGAGUCCAGUCGCUCGCCCUCAUCACGCACAACAAGGGUGAAGCGCUGGUAUUAGCUUCCAAACAUGGUGCCCUCGCCACGGCACUAGUUGUGGAGCCUGAAGAAGAACCUUCAUUGAUAGAGGACCAGGCGUCCGAGUCGCCGCAGAAGCGCAAGAUUGAUGAGGACGAGGACGAAGUGCCCAUCGUGUCUCGCCGAAAGAAGAAGCGCAUCGUCGAGGACGACGAGUCUGUUGACUUAUCACUGUCCCCGAAAGCCGAGAACGAACCGAGUCCCGAGGACGACGAGAUUAUUGGGGAUGAACAGCUCGACGACCCCUUCGCCGGCCAGGAGCCCUUCGCGCCGCCGCCCGAGGAAGAGUCGAUCCACGAGGAAGCGCCCGUCGUCCAGACUCCCUUGAUCCCCUGCCAGAAGCCCUUCAUGCCUUCUAGUACAAUAGAGGAGGACGAGGGCGCCCCACGCUACCUCCACUGGUCGCAGAAGGGCUGCGUCACCGCUCGCGCGGAAGAAGGUGGAUUAGAAUUUGCCUUCGAGGUCGAGCACUUCGCUGAGGGAUUGGCCCGGACGAAGACGACGCGCUUCGUCGACAGGAGGGACUUCACGGUCGCUUCCCUGGGCAAGAACGGCGCCGUCUUCGGGACCGAAGGUCAGGAGGACAACGAAAACGCGCCGUCGAUCCUCCACUUCCGUCCCCUGGACGCGUGGGCGCGCGACGCCGGCUGGUCGGCCACACUGCCUCCUGGUGAGAGAGUUCAAGUUGUGUGCGCGGGCGACGACUUCGUGGCGGCCUGUACGUCGCGCGAUCUCAUCCGAAUCUACUCGACGGGUGGCGUCGAAGAUGCCGUGGUGGCUUCCUUAGGACCGGUGGUGGCCUGCGCGGCCCACGGCAAGUACCUGGCUGUUGCCUACCAUGGAGGUAUUCCUGAUGGAGAAGGGAGGCAGCACGUCCAGGUCCAGGUCUUGGACGUGGAAUCGCGUCAGACGUUAAAUGGCAACGGGACGAGAUUACCUCUGCAGCCUGGGUGUUUGCUGACGUGGCUCGCGUUCAAGAGUGACGACGGCGUUUUAUUAGCUAGUGAUUCCCAGGGCUCCUUCUGGCUCCUGGUCGACGACUUCGGGCACCGCUGGGCGCCGGCGCUCGACGCCGCCACCACGAGGCACAACAUCGGUGACAGAGAAUGGCCCGUCUACGCGAAGCACGGCUCCGUCCACUGCUGCGUGCUCAAGGGGGGGCUGACGCAGCCGCAGUGUAGAGGGGCCCGCCCGGUCCUCGACGCGCUGCCGCUGAGACUGCCCCACGCGUCGUCCGCGCGGGACGCGGCGCAGCGGAGGGCCGAGGCCGGGCUCGGGGCGCCCACGACUCUAGCGCGCCAGCGGGCUCGACUCGCGGGCGCGGCGGGCGUCCUGGCCUUCACCAGACGCCCGGCUUCUGAUGAUGCGGCGAAGCACGAGCGCAUCGCCCGCGAUCUGGCGCGGGCCGCGAACGAGGCCAUUUUACAAAGAGACCGGGCGGUCCUGCGCCAGCUCGUCGCGGCUACCAAGGACGGGGCCUACGCGCGCGCCUACGAUUUGGCCCGUCGACUGCAGCUCCGCGAGUCGCUGGAUCUGGCGCGGCGCAUCGCGGCGUCGCACGGCGAGGACGCCCUCACGGCGCGCGUCGAAGAUUUGAUUGCGGUCGCGGACGGUACCACGGGCGAGGAGGACGCCAUGGACGAGGAGAACGUCGCGCCCGAGGCGCCCAAGGAGGAGUCCUAGGCGCGUUUCCCGUCCCCUCUCCCCCUAUUAACGUCGU